AUGCUACCAGCGCUUUCUGUCCUGCUGUCACUCGCAGUCCUGACAGCAGCUACUAGCAGUGACCUUGAAACCCCGGCAAGUCAAGUCGAGGACCCAGCAUAUCCAGACCAACUGGCGCAAGAGUCUUUAACGCUUCACACACUAGCAAGUCCGGAAGACCUAGGCGUGCGUGUCCUACCUGCUCCUAAGGAUGUCGAAGGACUCGCCUCCGUAGUUCCCUCGGUUCCUUCAGCACAGGUGGAUGCCACUUCCUCCGUUGGAAACUCGGUGGCGACGGACGACCCAGCUGAAGUGCCCGAGCUGCCUCACCCUGACCAGAUUGCGCAGGAAAGCCCAGAUGGGUAUCCUGCAAUUGAUCCUUACCGGUUCUACGACCAGCAGAGGUUCUAUGACCAGUUGAGGCGACCAGUGGAUCCUUCAAAGAUCCCUCCCCGUCGAACAUCAUAUAAUCCUCACCCUGUCCUCCCAGGUACAAUAUUUGCUCCUCCUGAACGACCUCUUCCCUUCCCUCCAAGAAGGAUUAAACCAAGGCAGCCUGUCAACGUAAGGGAACCACUCCCGCGUCCAACACCACAGACACCAACAUCGAUUCCAGAAACCUCUGAAAAUCAAGCAUCUUCUGAUACGAAUAAACCUCCCAGUAAUGAAAAGUCUAAUCAUACUAAACCAGAAGUCCCAUUGGAUGUUACGACGCCUUUGUUCCAACCUAAGAGAGAGCAGUGGAACUCGAAAAUAUUUUUCGAGAUCGAACAAAGCAGACAGCAACUAGAGGAAUCAAAACAGAGGGACACUGAAGAUUCGGCAAGCUUGUCUCUUCCCGAAGCAUCCGCAGAAGAACACUCUGGGAGCAGAGAGCAAAGCGGAGAGAAAAGACCGGAGGAAGGUCUGGACACAGAAACAUCUACAGAAGAUCGUCCCAAAGCAUCAUCCAGUGAGGAAAACCAAGGGAGUACUUUAGGUAAUGCAGAAAUACCCAUUCGCAGUCAUGAGGAUUCGUCGCCCCUUUUAUCUUCAGCAGAGAAACCAGGAAUAACUUUCUUCCCCCAGGACGUUGAUGAAGUAUUCCAGUUCGAGGGGAGUGAGAGGGACGUGUCAGCCGCCAAACCCAAUGGCAAUGGAUUUGUACAGCCGCAGCCAACACCAACAGACCUGAGAGAUAUUGAUGCAAGUUUAUAUGAAGGUUUAAGACUACCUUACUAUUCUAUACUUGACGAGCCAGGUUUUCCGAAUGGGAACCAGCAAAUUUUCGAAGCGCUAAAAAAUGUAGAUCCAAGUGCCUUUAAUGAAGCAGUUUUAGCCUUUGAACCACAGCGAACGAGUGAAGCACCAGUGGAAGCAGUUGGUAGCAAUGUCCAGCAAAAUUUGGGAAUACCUGCAGAACCUGUUACACAGAAUGUAGACACAGGAAUCCCUGCAUCUACUCCUGUCAAUAGCCAGCCUCAGCCAUCCCAACAGAAUCUACCACAGUUACAAGCAAAUUCGCAGUUUUCAGAUUUCUAUGAUCCAGGUUUUCUCGAUUAUAUCAAUGCUCUCUAUAGAGCACAAACACCAGACUACGACUACUUCUAUGAUUAUGAUACGGAUUAUAAUAUUGGUUCGACUGGACAAUUUCCAGGAAAUCCAAACUCUGUCCCUCCACAGCUGCAAGGUGGAAUCCAGGCAGCAACUUCUGGUCGACCGUCCCUGCCACCAACAGGACCCCUUUUCAAUCCCUGGGCUUACCCUAUCUCACCCACAUCGCCUACUCGUGGAUCACAAACUGGUGCUGGCUUCCCACAACAAUUCUUUCCCCAGAAUAUUCCUUUUCCUACAGGAUUCCCAGCGCAGGGUGUGAACGGAAACCAAACUCAAGGCUUUCCAUUUAAUCCUCUUGGUUUUCAACAGCAGGGAAUCCUACCAUUUGGCUAUAAUCCAACUCCAACAACAUUCGUACCCGGGUUUCAGUCAUCCCCACAAAUCCCUGUUGUAACCACCCCUAGGAUUCGGUUCCAGGAUGACACAGUAUUGGAAAUAAGUCCUUCGCCGAAUCCUCCAGUUGGUGUUACGAACAGUAUAGAAAUUCAGACACCACCAUCUAUUUCAUUUGAGACAUCUACUCCGCCUACUCCUCAAACGAACGAAGAUGACAAAGCAGAUGAUGAGUCAGUCAGUGGGAUAAGCCAAUCAGCAGUAAAUUCAUUGACAACUAAUCAAAAUAAUAAUGACACUUCAUUCCAAACCCAAGUUGUACCUUCUGCAAUCCAAGUACAAGGUAACUCUCCCCCAGUGCAAAGUGAAACAGCCCCUGCAGUUCCAGUACAAAACAAUCCAAUCCUUACUGUAAACCCGCAACAAAAUAUACCUCCUUUACCUCCAUCAACCUUUGCCUCUCCAGUACAAGUUCCUCUCCCAAAUGACUCUUUGCCAACAGUGAGCCAAGCGACCGAUGCUUUACAAUCUCCUGGAACAUCAGAUCAAGCCGUACCAGUGGCGUCUACAGGACCAGCACAAAAUACCUUACUCGCUUUUGAGGAAUCUGGAGCACUUCGUGAAGCUUUAGGUUCUGUAGUGCCGGUAAAGAAUGCACCAAUAGCUUCCCCAAUCCAGCCACAAAACUCACCCAAAGAGAGUGAAUCAGCCAAACCACACACAGUUCCAGCAACACCCACACUUCCAGAGCAAAACAUACCGGAACUACCUGAAAUCGCCUUAAAUAACGUACCAUCUAUACCUGCCAUUUCAGUGCAGAAUGAACUCAUAUCUGGGAACCCAACGCCAAAUGUUUCAAAGCCAUCAGCUGUUCCAACACAGGCUGUACAACUGCCUGCUGCUUUUCCAACACAGAACGCACCACUUCCACCAGCUAUUCCGACACAGGGGAUUCCAUUAUCUUCCAUUGUGCCAACACAAGACGUACAGAGACCUGCAACAAUUCCUUCACUGAAUGUUCCAUCUCAGAAUGCACGACUGCCUUCAGCUAUUCCAACACAGGGAAUCCCGCAGCUUUCUGCUGUUCCAACACAAGGCAUACCGUUAUCUAUAGCUAAUGGCACACAGGGACUACAGCAGCCUUCAACUCUCACAACGCAAAAUGCACAAUUAACGUUAGGUUUUCCACCACAAAAUGUCCAGCAACCUUCAUCUGUUCAAACACAGAAUGGACAGCUGCCUCCGGCUGUUCCAACGCAAGGUGGACAACGACCAUUAGUUAUACCAACACAGGGUGUACAGCUGCCUUCUGCAAUACCCGCACGACUACCUUCAGUUGUUCCAAUACAGGGUGUACAGCUGCCUUCAGCUGUACCAACACAGGGUGUACAGCUGCCGUCAGCUGUUCCAACACAGGGUGUACAGCUGCCUUCUGCAAUACCUGCCCGACUACCUUCAGUUGUUCCAAUACAGGGUGUACUGCUGCCUGCAGCUGCACCAACACAGAGUGUACAGCUGCCGUCAGCUGUACCAACACAGGGUGUACAGCUGCCUUCAGCUGUGCCAACACAGGGUGUACUGCUUCAUACCAACACAGGGUGUACAGCUUCCUUCAGCUGUUCCAACACAAGGUGUACAGCACAGGGUGUACAGCUGCCGCUAGGUGUACAGCUGCCGUCAGCUGUACCAACACAGGGUGUACAGCUGCCUUCACCUGUGUCAACACAGGGUGUACAGCUGCCGUCAGCUGUACCAACACAGGGUGUACAGGGUACCAACGUGUACAGCUGCCAUCAGCUGUACCAACACAGGGUAUACAGUUGCCGUCAGCUAUACCAACACACAGCUGCCUUCAUACCAACACAGGGUGUACAGCUGCCGUCAGCUGUGCCAACACAGGGUGUACAGCUGCCUUCAGCUGUACCAACACUGGGUGUACAGCUGCCUUCAGUUGUACCAACACUGGGUGUACAGCUGCCAUCAGCUGUGCCAACACAGGGUGUACAGUUGCCUUCAGCUGUACCAACACUGGGUGUACAGCUGCCAGCUGUGCAACAACACAGCUGUGCAACACAGGGGUGUACAGUUGCCUUCAGCUGUACCAACACAGGGUGUACAGUUCCCUUCAGCUGUGCCAACACAGUUGCCUUCAGCUGUACCAAUACAGGGUGUUCAGCUGCCAUCAGCUGUGCCAACACAGGGUGUACAGUUGCCUUCAGCUGUACCAACAAAGGGUGUACAGUUGCCUUCAGCUUACCAACAGGGUGUACAGCUGCCAUCAGCUGUGCCAACACAGGGGUGUACAGCUGCCAGCUGUGCAACACAGCAGUAACAACACAGGGUGUACAGCUGCCAUCAGCUCAGGUUUCUCUUGUUUCAACACAGGGUGUACAACUCCCUUCAGUUGUUCCAGUUGGGCAACGACCAUCAGCUGUUUCAACACAAUUUACACCACAAACAUUUAGGCAUCCAACGAAGGGCAUACAAUCACCUACUGUUUCUUCACAGGGGAUACAACUACCUUCUCUUGUUCCAGCACAAAACCAGUCUCCUGCUGUACCAGUACAAAGUAAACAACUACCCUCUAUUGCUUCAACACAGGGUAUACAGUUACCUUCUGCUUUCCCAACAGAGGGAGUUCCACUGUCUCCUCUUGUUCCAGUCGAAGGUGCACGUCCGCCUUCUGCUGUGCCAACACAAUCGCCGUCUCAGAGAGUGCCAAUUCCUCCAUCCCAGGGUGUGCAGAUUCUCACAGGAUUUUUAGGACCUCUGUCACAAACGACAUUACCGCCUUCUGGCUUGUCAACAUUGCCGCCGGUGCAAGAUCUAGAAAAUACGCUCUUGAUUCCAAUCUCACCUGGGAAGGACAAGCCACUAAUUCCGAACUUACCUGGAAAUAAUUUACCAGAAGUUACCCAAGUCGAAGAUAAAACUAAUACCAUUGGUAAUGUAGUUACUCGGCCACCUCUCUCAGUUCUGACACCUCGGCCCCCUACAGCAGUUCCUGGGACUGACCCAAUUAAAAGACCAGCCACUAGACCCACUCCAGCAACACCUUCUUUGCAAACUGAAGCUUUUAAUGAUUUCAUGAAUUUCUUUGGACUCAGUAAUGGAGAAACAUCUACUUUGAAUCCUACAACUACUAGAGGCACAAACGAUUUCGCUGUAGGUUCCGGAUUGGUGGUGGACAGCAAGGUGUUGCAGGACUUGCACAAUCUAAAGAACCUCGGACCCCGCCAAGACACCACAACCAGGAGUUAUCCUUUAGAUCCCUCUCUCCUUAAUUCAACAAGACUCUUUGCAAACCUGGCGGAAGCAAUUCGCGAUACAAUUAACCCUUCGUACUUCAUACUUACAAAACACGAUGUCGGCAACUAUUCCUCACCUCCACUUAUCAGACAGCACAAGCAGUCGGUCACCAGACUCCCAACUCCAAAGUCCGUUAGUGAAACAGAUGAAAAUUCCUCACCAAACGCACUCAAGGGAACAGGGACGAAUGCCAAGAUGCCGCACCUUAUUGCCUCUCUACAAGCAAUGAUGGAGAAGUCGCCAAAGCAGCCCCAAGAUUCCGAGGAAGACAAAAACAAUAACGGUAAGAAUGAGAAUGAAAAGGAAUACUCGGGUGGCAGUCGAGUUGGUGCAGAAGAAUUCCUUCUUCUCUUCUCUAACAAGAGUCCAAUUCUACCUGACGACGGGGAGUAUAUUAUCCUCAUUCCCCGGCCAACUGAAUUAAAGUUCCCCACUGACACUAGACCAUCAGCUGAAACUACAGCAGACAUCUUUACACAAGGGAGGGAAUUCUUGGACUUUGCUGAAGAACUUAGAGCUGACAGGACAAUAAAACCACACAGCGCUGUCCGUCGUCGAGCCCCUACCAUAGAUCCUGCAGAGGAGAGGAUUGGACCCGUUCCUUCGUCGGGCGAAACGGAGGACCCACUUGAGCAUCCAGUAAGAGGUGCCUUUUAUGGGCUCUCCACAGACCCAGCAACCUUGAAUUGGCUGGCACCCUACUCUGGAGGUUUUGGUCUCCGUGAACCGCGAAAAGGUGAUUCGGGAGAGAGAACAGAAAAAAAGAUAGACGAUGCUCAGACGAAUUCCUCCAAUCUGGUUGACGAAGACUAUGAGGAUUUCCCACUGGCGGAGAGCAAUACGUUAGGUGUGGCAUCCCCACCUACACUCCUUCCUGAAGAUUUACAAGGCCUAACACUAGCUGAGUAUUAUGCAAAGUAUUUCCCCACAGCCCAGGACCCUCAGGUGUUCUUCAACCCCUUAGCAACUGGUAGUUACCCAGCACCCAAUAGCAAUUCACCACGCCCUACCAUCGCUGGAGUAAGAAGUCCAGAACAAUACGGGUACUUUUAUCAAGGACAAUACCCACAAUUUAACCUUGGUGCAAAUCCCUACGAUUUUGCCUUGGCCAACUUCCCCACUGGUGUACCUGGGCAAGACGGAAAUGCCUACAGCCCAAACCAAACGCCACAGGAUACAACACCUGCAGAUAACAUAGGAAAUCGAGCACCUGCUGUCCCAGAGUUGGCUGAGGAAGGUACAUCUACAACAGAACCCACUUCCACACCUGAUUACGCCUAUGAUGAAGUGGGAGGAGUGAGUUACGACUACCAAGACAGUUCCGUUCCCGAUUACAUCAACGGUGGUAACCAGGAUUAUGCUUCAGACACAACUUUUGAUUCAGUUUACCCUGAUUACGAUGUGCAGUUGGAAAGCAUUAACAAUUCUACGGGGUUACCUACGAUAAAUCCUCUGGUUGUUGACGACAAUACUGAAACAGGUCCCGGAGAUACUUUUGGUAGCCUAGAUGCCGACUUCGGUGGACUAAGAGUUAAUGGAGAAGCCGAUCUCACACAAGCUGCUACUCAACGUCCUGAUUUUCCUACCACAGGUCAAGGAGCAAAUACAUCCAUUUUAGAUACUUUAGAAACAGUCCUUUCCCGAAACAGGGAGGACUUUGGCUUCAACUCGGAUGUCCCUGAUGGUGAAAAUGUACGCUAUGACCAGGGAAUACUCGAUGCAAUUAUUGGUGGCGAGGUAGGAGAGGGUGGACCAGGUCCUUCAGGGAAUAUUCCACUAGAUUACGAUUACACUACAGGGGAUAUCGCUCCAGGCGGAAUACCCUUACCUUCCGUGACCGAGGUACCGGUCAGUUCGUCCUCCAUUACCCCUAUUGGUUCUGAGGCUAAUACCAACAGGAGUAGCUUUUCCGAGAGCGCUGAUGGUAAUUCUGCCAGUGGAUUAGACGCUCUUGGUACCGGUACUUCAGCUGGAGUUGAUGAUCCUCGGUUCACGAACGUCCCCGUGGACAUUCUUGUUUUUACUGCGGCGCCUACUUCAGGAAUUCAGUCAGACAGUAACGGUUUGACGCCUGAUGACAAUAUUUUCACAUCCCAGACGAAGCGGGUUACACCUGAGAGUAAUAUUUUUACUUCUCUUGCUAGCAGAUUCACACCAGAAAGCAACAUUUUCACAUCUCAAGGCAAUGUAUUCACUCCUGGCAAUGCAUUUACCACUGAACUUAGUGUUACCACGCCGAUAGACAGCAGUUUCAUAUAUAAAAAGAAUAAUUUCAUACCAGAAGAUAAUAACUUUACUCCAACUUACAGCAUUCCCGUUACCGAAGACCCUAUUAUAGCUUCCUUUGACGUGGGAGGUACUGAUCUCACCAGGGAAGGUCCUUUCAAUGCCAUUCCCACUGAGAAUCCUAUUUCUAAUGGUGAGAAUGAUGGAAAUAUUUCAAACGAUAAUGCGAGUGGCGUUCUCGAAACCACAACAACUGUGCCAGUUUUCGAAACUACAACAAUGUCCUCACCUGUUUUCGAAACUACAACAGUGUCUUCGCCUGUUUUCGAAACGAUAACAGAGUUUUCACCUGCUUUCGAAACUACACCGUCUGUCCCUGUGUUCGAUACUACAACAGUGUCUCUACCUCCAGAUCUCAUUUUCCCAGACAGCAAUGAUAAUGCUGUUCCUUCAUUUAGUAACGAUGAUGCUUCAUUUAGCAAUGAUAAUGCUGUUCCUUCAUUUAGUAACGACAUCACUACUGUUGUGCCUGAUGUGACUGAUGCCAUCCUCAAUGUGGGUACACCAGGGAACCAAAAUAUUGUGUUUGGAGGUGAGGGCCAACAAGACCAAAACUUACAAGGGUUUAGUGGUGAAAGCCAAACAAACACGGACAUACAAGGUAUUGAAGAAGUCGAACAACCUCCAAGUGGCAAUUUAGCUUUUCCCCAAGUCCCUACGCAGAAUGGAAAUCCUAAUGCCAACCAACAGGUCACAGGUGAUGAAAGCCAACAGGCCUCCGAGGACACCCAACUACAGAGCACGGGAAAUGACAAUGGGACAAGACAAGCAGCAGGUACUAAUCCGACUGCAGGUGUCCCUUUCACGAACGAUCAGGCAGAAAGACAGGAAUCGUCAGGGGUUCAAAUAAAUGAUGCCACGUCUCUUGAUACAGGGGUGCCGCUGAAUAUCACAGAUGAGCAAAUUGAUACAAAAGAUGACGUGAACCAGAGACCAAACCUUGCGUCUCAGCUUCCAUUUCUAGAGCUUCCUGAAGGUGCUUUUGGCUUUACGGUCACCCUUGGAGAGAUUAAUAAUACACAAUCCAAUUCAGAAGGAAAUAUUAAUGAUCCGUUGCAGAACAAUACUCAGAUUACCACAGGAGAAAAUACUGACGAUCAGAUACAGGACAACCCUCAGUCCGUUGCAGAAAAUAUUGAUGAUCUGUUGCAAAAUAGUGCUCAAAAUAUCACAGAAAUUAGUAAUGAUCGGGUGCAGACAGCCACACAGGACAGCAGCACUGAUGUCUUGAAUUCACAGACAGAAGAAGCAGAUGUCUCGUUUAGACAAGGAAACGAUACUUUAUUAGAUUUUCUAUCCAACGACACUGACAUACUUAUCAAUGAGUCUGCAGCGGAAGAUACAGUGCCAUUAUUGAACAUUCCUGGAAGGGUUGAACCAUCAGAUAUUUCCUCACAGACUCCCGUGGAGGUACUUCUCUUGGGUGAGUCUGACGAGAAUACUGGUGCCCCAACUUCAGCAAAGGGAACACAAGGGGACAACGGUUGUAAUGAUACCGGAGAUUUGACCCACAAUGCAGAAUUAUCAGUUGAUUUUUCAUCUUCUGAGGAACCAAUUAUAUUGUUAGACAGUUCGGUGGAACUGGCCUCCAUAGAAGACAGUGGUAAAGACAAAAAGCAGGAUUUUAUAUCCUUAUUCCAAGAUCAACUUGAUGCAAUAAGGAAAGAAAUCGAUACUAGAGAUAAACUGUCAGCCCAAGCAGGUGGAACACCAGUUCUUCCACUUCCUUCAGUAGGAUUCACAGGUUUUGGUGUUCAAAAUCAGUUAACCACAAACGUACUCUCCCCAACCCCAGCUGUACUAAAAGUCACAGAAACAACAACAAAGACGGUCUUCGUACCUAUUGUUAAACCAACAAACUCUCCAAUAACUACAAAGAAAGUUCCAUCUACCUUGAAGGUGCAGGGAGGACCAACACCCAAGCCAGGAAUAUGGAGACCAACAUUCGGUCUACCAUUUCAGACUCAGACCUCCAGGCCUACUUCAGUAAAGGGUUUCAGCAAGCAACCUAGUUUAGCUUCAUUUCUGGGAGGUCCAACUCGACCAGCAAACUUUGGAUAUGGAAACUAUAACAACCAACCAAGUGUGGGAGCCAUUACAACUCCCGGCCAAGGACAAUAUACGAGACCAAGUUCACUUUAUGAUAAUCCCAGUCAACAGCAAAAUCCGGGCACAUACUCCGAAUCUCAGGGUCAAACACAGAACGAUGAGGAAAGGGAGAAAUGGGUAUGGAGGAAUCGUUUCAGCAGUGUACCUAUUAGAGGUAGAGAACACGAAUAUAUCAAAAACAGGCCUCUAACUUAUACUACCAAUAAUUUUGCUCCUGGAUCUGUUAGUCAAGGAGGAAGCCAUUAUGCAGGUAGCACCUAUGCCCAGAAUAGGCCUAAACACACCGAGUACGGGAAAGACAGUGAAACGGAACGCUGGGUAUGGACCUCCAACCGAAAUCCAUCCACGCCCCUCCCAAUCAAAAACACGUGGAUUCCAGACAACUAUCUAUUCAGUCCUAGUGUAGUAAACUAUGUGUACAGCAGAGUGGGUUCAGACACUUCAGAGACGCCAGUCACUGACUCGGCUAAGAACCUAGGGAAUACAGUUACACAGUCUGGGCCCACUGCAACCACACCUUAUUAUUGGUACAAUAGCCACAGUCACACAGAUCCCCGUGUUACUGAAGUUAACUUUGAUGGAGCUUUAAUACUGUUAAGAGCAGAGGUACAUACCGUUUUUAGAGUCACGGACCCCUUUAAGAAUUUGAAGAACACUAUGGACCCCUUUCCCCAGAAGUAUUCACAUCAAGACAAGUCUGCAUGCAAGUUGUAUAAUGUUAAGAACCCCUGCUCUUAG